AUGAGCUCUGAGGAGGAGAUCCAGGCCGCUCAGGUCACAAAUGAGGUAAGUAAGAGGGAUCUUGCGAGACGCACACGAAGCGUCAUGGUUCAAGAGCUGGUCGACCGGCUCGGACAUUCUACUCACGCUCUGUCGCAUCCGCACCUGUGCGCUCACAGGAGUACAAGAGUGAGAAUAGCUACAUAGAAGACGUCUGCUCGAGGUGCAAGCGGCACGCGUCGCUCAUUGAUGUCCCCACCCCAAUUUUCUUCUGGUGCAGUAUGGAAGAAGAAUGCGCCCUUCUUGUACGACAUGGUGGUCACGCACGCUCUCGAGUGGCCUUCAUUGACAUGUCAAUGGUUCCCUGACCGAGAGCGGUGAGUUUGGGCUGGCCCGCUGGCUGAAGGCACAAGCUGACUCGAGCUCACCCUUUUGGUCCCGCUGCGCAAUCAACGCAAACUCCUCAGCCCUGCUGGAAAAGACUACACGUCUCACCGACUGUUGCUUGGCACGCAUACGUCGGGGCAGGAUCAAAACUAUGUGCAAAUUGCUCAGGUGCAUCUGCCGAAUCAGGACGUAGAAGUGGAUUCGUCCAAGUACGAUGAGGACAGGGGCGGUGAGUGAAGAAGGAGCAGCGUCACGAGUGGUGGGCUGAGUAGCGGCCCGGCGAUGCAAGCUUGAACGACGGGAGGCUGACACGCGCAAGAGUCGCCACAGAGAUUGGCUCCUAUGGCGGAGCAAAUGCGCGCAUACAGAUCGUACAGCAGAUCAAUCACGAUGGAGAACUCAAUCGGGCCCGAUACUGCCCGCAAAAUUGCGAUUUGAUUGCGACGAGGACAGUCAUGGGCGAGACGUACAUCUUCGACAGGACCAAGCACAGCUUGCAGCCCAAUGCCGAUGGAAAGUGCAGGCCGGACAUUGUUUGCAAAGGCCAGACUGGAGAAGGGUGAGUCGGUGCCAGCAGCGGGGGUUUCGCAACCCGCAGUGGAGUGGCGCGAGCAUGUCUCUGACAACGGGAAGAUUCCGCUUGGCUAUAGGUAUGGCUUGGCUUGGUCGCCGCUUGUUCAAGGGCAUCUGAUUGCUGCUUCGGAGGAUGAGACAGUCUGUGAAUGGGACGUGAACCAAUACAAGAAAAUCGAUAAAGCAAUCAACCCUCUCAAAGUGUACAGAGGCCACACGUCCGUCGUAGAGGUGAGGGACGAAAGAAGGCAUUCUCUCGUCAUACGACACCAAAUUGAGCCUUUCCCUCCCCUUGCGAAUAGGAUGUGGCCUGGCACGCGCAUCACGAGUCGCUCUUUGCCUCUGUCGGCGACGACAAGCUGUUGUUGAUGUGAGUCCCACAGUGAAGGGAGACAAAGAUCUUUGGCGGACAUUUGGACGAUUUGCUGAUCCUUCUAACAUGCAAACUCAGAUGGGACUCGCGCGAAUCGGGUGAUGCACCAAAGCAUCGCGUAACUGCACACGAUGGCGAAAUCAAUGCAGUCCUGUUCAGUCCAGCGAACGAAUACUUGAUCUGCACCGGCUCAUCUGACAAAGUGAGUGACGGUUAGCACAGAUCGCACAACCCUUGUCUGAAGUCUUCUGACGAGCUUUUUUGCUCCCCUAUUGCGUCUGGCCAGACCGUUGGACUGUGGGACAUGAGGAAUACGAAGACGCGCUUGCAUUCAUUGGAAGCGCACACCGAUGAGGUGCUGCAACUCGCCUGGUCGCCGCACAACGAAACCAUGUGAGUCAAAUGUGACGAAGGUCAUGUAAUACACAGCAGCUGAAUGACUGCUUCUUCUCGACGCACAGACUUGCUAGCGCUGCUGCAGACCGUAGAGUCAACGUAUGGGACUUGUCACGGAUCGGCGAAGAGCAAACGCCCGACGAUGCAGAAGAUGGCCCACCUGAGCUCUUGUUUGUGCAUGGCGGACACACAGCCAGAACAACGGUAAGUGUCAUGUAAUUGUGAGCGCAAUGACAUCCCUGCUCGGCUCAUCCCCACGUGUGCCAUUCACGUCGCUCAGGACAUCUGCUGGAGCCCUCAGGAAGACUGGCACAUGGCCACGGUGUCUGAGGAUAACGUGCUGCAAGUCUUCAGACCUAGUACCACUGCGCUCGGCCAGGAUGAAGAUGACGUGGGCCAGGAUGAACUCGAAUGA